CACAGAAAUAGCAGGUCUUGGGACAGUCCAAGUUGUCUUUCAUGGAGACUUUGAUAUGUGACUGUUUAUGGAGCUAAGAGAAGAGUUUUGACUAAUUCAGGCAAGUGACCAAGAUUGAAAACCUGAAGUUUCACUUGUGCUGUGAUUUGAGUAACAGAGAUCAUAUUCCAGAAAUUUCUGUGCGUGACUUACCAUAAGGAUGUUUCUUCACUUCAUUGAGACCUCGUAAUGGCCUGAUGGAGGAGCAGUGCCCUGGGAGGCAGCAAGGACCUACUGACAUAGCAGCCAAUUCUGCCCCUGACCGCCUGCCAUGUACCCCAACCCUCUCAUGUACUGUACCUGCUUGGACCCAUGGAACUCGGAGCCACGGAAACGAGUCAAGACCCCUCAACCCCCAAAUAAGAAGUCCACAGGGAAGCCCAAGCCAAUGCCUCUUCCUCUGGCUACAAAAACACAAACUUAUAUCCAACCAAUAACAAAACCUGUUGCCACCCCAAAGGUCCCAGAACACCAGUUUCUGGAGCAAAUAAGAAAGACUGUUGGGAGACAAUACACAUCUCAAGGGAAAAUCUGUCCGGGACAAGAGGAGAGCAAUAAACUACCUCAAGCCCAGGUACAGGGCCAGGAAGUGAUCCACGUGUCCCCCAGCUAUGGCCUCCUUCGGAACAAGGAGCGGAUUUCCAUCACCUUGGGGGAAAAGAUGUCUGCUAGGAAAAAGCGGUUGGAAUCAGACAUCAUGAACAAAAUGAAGAUGUCCAGGACUGAUAUCAUCGCUGACCUCGAGGAGCAGAUCUCAGAGCUGACAGUGAUAAUAGAGCAGAUGAACAGAGACCACCAGGCUGCCCAAAAACUGCUCGCCAAUGAGAUGGAUCUCCGCUCUGCUGAGAUGCAGCAGAACUUUGAAAACAAGAACAGGGAGCUCAAAGAGGCUCAUGCAGCAGAGCUCAGUGAACUGGAGGAGAAAUACAAAGCAGCCUUGAGCGAGGAGAAGUUGACUGCCCAAGAAAAACUAGAGGAGAUGGCAAAGGACUACAAGUACUUGAAGAAUAUGUUUCAUAUGUAUCAGGACAGCAUUUACGAUGAAAUGGAAGAUAAGUGGUCAAAGAAGAAAGCAGAAUGGGAGAAGGACGAGAAGCUGGAGCGUGAGAAGAUCUUGCUGCAGCUAAAACACAGGAUGACAAAAAAGUUUGAGUUACAGUCACAAGAAGAAAAGAAGAAAAUAAAUGACUCCUACAUUUUGAUGUUUGAAAGCUUCAAUCGAGAGAAGGAGGAGUUACUGAAACAGCAUGAAAAUGAUAUCUUGCAACUAGAAGAGCUGAGAAAGACCAAAAUGAUCAUGGAGGAAGAGUUGCACACACAAUCUCUUAUCCUAGAAUCACUGAACGCUACGCUCUACCACACCCAGAUGGAACUCCAGAGAGAGAAAAGUAUGGUAGGCAAUAUGGAGAAAAUUUUCCAGGCCAAGCUUGCCGAAAAUGAAGAAAAGUUUAAACACACCAUCCAGCUCCUAACAGAAGAAAAUAUUUAUCUAAGACAAAAGUUAAAUGUCAAGAAUGAAGAAAUAUACCAAGAACGAUCUGGGAGAUCAACCUCUGUUAUUAAUGAAACUAACGAAGACUUUUUAAAUGAUGACAGCAAGAAAAGACAAGAACCGUGAGCAGAGAAGUUGUUCUCCAUCGUUGGCAGUAGGAGCAUGAUCUCUGUGGGCCCAGAGACCACCUGUGAGGUUUCCUUAGAAAUGUAUAUGAUGAGUUUACUUCUUGGGUUGCCUCAAUUCUAUUUUUACCUUUCUGCAAUUUGCUUUGGGUAGUUGGGAAUGUCCAAUUCUCAUCUCAGUUAUAAAGAUUUUCAUG